AUGCGGUCUAACCUCUUUGCUCUGGCCUUUGCCGCUAUUGGCGUCAGUGCUGCUCCGGCUGCCAACACCACCACCCUCACCGCGGACCAGGCUAUAACCAUCCUCAAGAGUGUCAUUGACUCGCUCCAAGCCGCUGGAGAUCUUCGAACCUCUUUGCAGAAAGCCAAUCCACAGUUUACCGAGGAAAAUGCUGCUUCUCCUUACCAGGCUCUUGCAGACAGCUUCAUCAGCACAUUGAACCUCUUGCCCAGCGGCAACGGUGAUGUUGACAUUGGCCGCGCCACUGAUGCACAAGCGGCUACGAUUUGCUCUUUGGUUCCCAAGUUUGAGGCUGCUGGCACUCAUGCGAGCGAUACGCUUCUCAACGUGCCCGGAUUCCAAGACGAUAAUAUUACCCCUGCACGGACGGCGGCACUCAACUUGGGCUUCGCGUUGGAUAAUCUAGGUGGACAGUUGAACAUGUUUCACUGGGGCUUUAUCAACUCCGGUGCGGCGCUUACAUGUGACAAGGCUACUCAAGAUGCCUUUUACACUGUACCCAACCUGCUUAUGAAUGCUGGCGAUGCCAUCAUAUACUAG